UUGGUUGGGGGGUUGGUUGUUAAUUGUGCAAAAAGGACUGAGUUGGUGUGUUUACAGGGUGAUUUUAGUGGGGUUGCUGAAGGAGGUUGCAGAUGGGUAUUUUGAGUUGUAUAUUGGGCUUUUGUGGGUUUGGAGUAGGAACUUCAGUUGGGAUUGUGAUCGGGUACUACGUGUUCAUCUACUUUGAGCCAGCUGAUGUCAAGGAUACUGUAAUUUGUCCUUUGGUUGAACAAGACUCGAAAACAUUGCAACGAUUGCUUCCAGAAAUACCCCUUUGGGUGAAAAAUCCGGAUUAUGAUCGUGUUGACUGGCUUAACAAAUUUAUUGAAACCAUGUGGCCUUGCUUGGAUACGGCAAUUUGCAAGACAGCAAGGACUAUAGCAAAACCCAUUAUUGGUGAGCAGAUUCCAAAAUAUAAAAUUGACUCAGUUGAAUUUGAAGAACUUACCUUGGGUUCCAUGCCGCCAACUUUUCAAGAAAUGAAAGUAUAUAUCACUGAUGAGAAGGAGCUGAUCAUCGAACCAUCAAUGAAGUGGGCUGGAAAUCCAAAUGUCAUUAUUGCUGCUAAAGCAUUUGGUUUGAGAGCCACAGUUCAGCCCCGUGUGGAAUUUGGAUUGAAAUUGCUUGGAGCAGAUGCCAUGUCUAUUCCUGGUCUAUACAGAUUUGUCCAGGAGCUUAUUAAAGAUCAAGUUGCAAAUAUGUAUUUAUGGCCAAAAGCCCUACAAGUACCAGUCCUGGAUCCUGCAAAGUGUGUUUUCUCUCCCUUGCUUCAGGUUAUGACACCAAUCCUUUCACUGGAACUGACUAAUUGUUCCAAACUUGACGGAGCUACAAAGCGACCUGUUGGGAUUCUUACUGUGAAGGUUUUGAGCGCAAUGAAGCUUAAAAAAAAAGAUCUUCUUGGGGCAUCAGACCCUUAUGUGAAAUUAAAACUCACCGAAGAGAAGCUCCCUUCAAAGAAAACAACUGUGAAGCACAAAAACUUGAACCCUGAAUGGAACGAGGAAUUUAACAUUGUUGUCACAGACCCAGAAUCUCAAGCCUUAGAGAUUAUUGUUUAUGACUGGGAACAGGUUGGCAAACAUGACAAGAUGGGUAUGAAUGUUGUUCCAUUAAAAGAGCUAACACUUGAUGAGCCAAAAGUUAUGACACUUAAUCUGCUAAAAAAUAUGGACCCAAAUGAUGCUGAAAAUGAGAAAUCACGCGGGCAACUUGUUGUGGAACUGGAAUACAAACCUUUCAAGGAAGACAAUACACCUAAUGGUGUUGCAGAUCCAAAUGCAGUAGAAAGGCUCCUGAAGGAACACCUGCUGGUGGUGGUUUAUUUGUGGUUAUUGUGCACGAAGCUCAAGAUGUUGAAGGAAAACACCAUUCAAAUACUUAUGUUCGAUUACUUUUCAGGGGGGAGGAGAGAAGAACGAAGGUAUGCAAUGACCCAUGUAAGAAUGACGUUUACAUGACCAUGUUGCAGUAAAGAUGCAACUUUUCACAUUUUGAUGGAGCAGACUCAGGUUCUAUUAGAUUUUAGUUAACAAGUUGCUGCAACCUCCAAUUGUGAUACUAAUAUAUGAUUUCACCUUGUAAAAAAUUGCAUAGAGACCAUGAAAGAGCAUCGAUUAUCAUCCAAUUAAUGAUUAUUUUUAGCAUUUGAUACAGCUUGUGAAGAAAAACAGAGAUCCAAGAUGGGAAGAGGAAUUUCAGUUCAUGCUUGAGGAACCACCCACAAAUGAUAGGCUUCAUGUGGAAGUUGUUAGUGCCUCCUCAAGGAUGGGUCUCCUCCA